AUGGUUUUGUACUUCCCAGACCAGGUCUCGCGAGCCCGACACGACGGGUACCCUCCUCGCGCGGCUUCAUCCCUGGGCGGUGCCUCCCAUACUGCUGCGACCUUCAAACAAUCUAGUAUUUCUUCUGGCACAUUGGGUAGACCGCAUACCCCGAACGAGCAUCGUCCGCGUACGAGGGACCAGCGACCUCCUCCUUCCCCCACGACAAGCGUCCCAGGAGCCGGGCAUCCCAUGGCCGGCAUGCUCGACUCGGACCGCUCACGUUCACGACGAGAAAGGACGUUUGUUGGAGGGGAAUGCGCCGCUUGUGAAGAGCCUCUGGAGCAUACACUGAGGGGGGAGAGGGUCUUGCAAUUUUCCUGUGGCCACGUCGCCCACGAGGCUUGCUUCUACGAAUACAUUCGCGACUCGGAUUCCCAAUAUUGCCCAACAUGCGACGCUCCCUUGAGUCUGGAUUCCUUCCGGGGAGGCAGCAUCCUGGAUUUGUCCAAGUUGAGUAAUAUGGUCCGAGCCGUCGCUUCCAAAGAUGUAUCUUCACCAAGGAGCUCGCAAAACACACCCAUGCCGUGGGAGGCCGCCGGCAGGCAAGUUGUCCAGGAUGACUCCUACAGCUCACAGGCCAUGAGCGAGAGACUCAGCCGCGAGAACCCUAACCGUGACAGUCGAGACAGCCAAAGAAUGCGCAUCGAACGCCUCGGCAUCGGCCAUAAUGGCUUCCACGGAUCUCAGACCCAUUCACGCAAUGACAGCGGCAAUGCCUCGUCAACCGACUACGCCAAUGACCAUGCCGGUCACCCACGAAAGCAUGAUUAUGAUCUCCACGCCAUGGAAACGAGUGUCCCAGGAACUCAGACCAAAGAUAUGAAGCAACCCAUCCCAGUUCCCAUUGUUACAGUUCGCAGUGAGUAUCCGACCUUGACUCGGUCACGUCAGCAGCAGACCGUGACGUGUCUCGUUACUAUUGAAGUCCCCGAGGGGAAAUUCCAUAGUCAACUGGAGGAAAUACAGCAUACGCCACCAGUACCUCCCCUUCCCAGCGACUCUGGCGUCGGUAUUCCAUCUAUGCACAAGCGUCAAGAAAUUCAGCAGCCACCUCUCGUGUACGAAUCGUCAGAGAUCCUUGACGAAAUCACCGAAGAACUUAGGAUGCGUGUGGAUAACUGGCAUGGGCUUGAGUUUCAGAGAUUUGGAAAACUACGCCUGCACAGUGUCAUCAGAGUUGGCAAGGACCGUCACUCAUGGCAGGAGCUUGAGUGCUACCUGUUCGGGGAGAUGCUCAUCUGUGUGAAGGAGAAGAAGAACGCUCAGCCUCCAUUGGUCACGGAAUCUGGCCGCAAACUGACGAGAUGUACCUUGAAAGGCUCUAUUCUGAUCAAGAAACACUUGCGGCAGGUACAUGCGUCUCCAGACGAGUGUAUCUUGACGUUGAAUCUGUCUGUGGCAGAGCUGCCAACCUUCCAUCUUUUGUUCCAGGACCGAGACAAGCUGGAAAUCUGGCAACGAGCCUUGCGAGACCUACAUGCCACCGAACCCUCUCCCCGUUUCAACCAAGACUACGAGCCAGAUACCUCGGGCACGGAUGAGGAAGAAUACGGCCGGCAGAACCAAAAGGUCCGACGCGUACCCUCUGUUGCGUCGUCCUACGGAGGACCAAGGUCAGCCACCACUGCAGCGACGGAAUAUUCUACCUCAAAGAACGGGUUCGACAAGCGAAUUUCUCCGUCACUGCACGUCCCAAUCGACAUUGUCGUUGUCAUUCCAGUUUCGUCCUCGAUGCAAGGUCUAAAAAUUACCUUAUUGAGGGAUACACUACGCUUCCUUGUACACAACUUGGGCGACCGAGACCGGAUGGGUCUCGUCACCUUUGGUUCUAGCGGCGGAGGAGUCCCGGUCGUGGGAAUGACCACCAAGACAUGGGGUGGAUGGAACAAAGUGCUUAAUUCGAUCCGGCCAGUUGGACAGAAGAGUUUGCGGGCGGACGUGGUUGAUGGUGCCAAUGUGGCAAUGGAUCUCUUGAUGCAGCGCAAGGCCGCAAAUCCGAUCUCGACGAUCCUCCUGAUCAGCGAUUCCUCAACUUCGGAGAUGGAAGGCGUGGAUUUCGUUGUUCAGAGAGCCGAAGCUGCAAAGGUCGGUAUUUACUCCUUUGGCCUUGGGCUUACCCAUAAGCCAGAAAGUAUGCUCGAGCUGUCGAAUCGGACAAAAGCAUCGUAUCUCUACGUGAAAGACUGGAUGAUGCUUCGGGAAUGUGCCGGCGGCGUCCUGGGCGCCCUUCAAUCGAUAUCUCACCAGAACGUAAAGCUCAAGCUCAGGUUGCCUGAAGGAUCCCCGGCUAAAUUUGUCAAAAUCAAUGGUGCUCUCCAGACGACUAAGAGAGCGACCGGUCGGGAUGCUGAAGCAAGCUUGGGAGAUCUCCAUUUUGGCGACAAACGCGAUGUACUUGUGCAGCUGGUGAUCGACCCAGACACUUCGACGUCGGAGCCUGCGCCUCAGGAUGCUUGGGAAUCGAUAGUGUCUGGUCUCGAAGCUCUGGGGGGCUCCCUUGAUAAUGAUGACCAGAGGGUUCAAAGCGUGGAGGAAUUACCACUGCUCCAGGCGGAUCUCUCGUUUGGCGAUCUGCACCGAGAAGGCUCCAUCGUCCAAUUACCCCGGCCAUCACUGCUUACCAUCACCAUGUUACCCUCGAAUCGCCGCUCGCGUCAGAACGGAAGGCCACCAACACCUCCCAUUCCUCCCCAUCCCUCCAUCGUUCAAAGGCGCAUGGAGUUGUUAACGUCCGACAUGCUGAGUCGCGCCCUUACUCUUGUCCAGCGUGGCCAACACGAACGCGCACAUCAUCUGCUAAAUGAAACAAGGACCAUUCUCAAAGGGUUGGGGAAAGGUGGUCUCCCACCACUACCGCCGGGUGCCGCCCACCCCGUCAAUAAACGCCACAGCCCGCAGUCCAAGGCAGGGAGUCCAAGAGCUGCCACGCCGGACCACGCGCGCGAUCACAGCCCCCAUUCAGACGCCAGCACUCCUAUUCCCCGCUCGACCAAUGUCGAUCACACCAUCAUGAAUGCACUCGACGCCGAUAUCGAAGCCAGCCUUGAGUGGAUCAACCACCCUGCCGUCUUCUCACGGGACUCUCGCAAAGCAGUCCUCCAGGCAAUGGGAGUGAUCUCAUCACAACGGGCCUAUACAUUUAGAACUGCAUCCGAAUCCUUGUGGGCGGAACGAGUUGCCGGGGUCAAGAGGCUUACGGAGCAGUCGAGGGAAUGGAGAGAGACAGGCGACGACGCUCUGACUGAAGAGUAA